CAGAUCCAUUUUCUACGGAGCGGUAACCUCGCGGACAAGAAGGGCAUGCUGCAGGCGAGGCAGCAGGGCGCGCCGCAGCAGCAGGUCGGCGAAGCGCUGUGCGAAGUUGCGAUGCGGAACAGCAGUCUGGCCGAGAAGAAGAAGAUGUUUGACGAGAACGUGAAGAAGCACCACAGCAAGAUGGCCAACAACCCCUUCAGCGGUUCCUUCAAGACGGGUCCGCAGAGGCUGGCCAAGGACGACCCCAACUAUGGAAGGCCGGUGGCGGGCAGCAAGUCGGAGAUGCGAGGCAAGAGGGCGGCGCGCCACAUCAACGCCGAGGUGAUGCUCCUGUGCGACAUGAUCCACCAGGAGGGCCAGCAGCUCGAGGACGGCACUGCAGUCAUCUCCUUCGGCGACCUCUUCCAGAUAUACACUCGUAUCAGCAAUAAGGUCGUCGGAAUGCUGCUUCGGGCCCGGAAAUACGGCCUAGUGGACUUCGAGGGAGAAAUGCUCUUCCAGAGACGUGACGACGACGUGCCCAUCCUGCUGACGAGGUCCAUCGCCUCCAUCCGGGACGAGCUGGGCGAGGACAAGGAGUUCGACGUGGGCGUGUGUCACCAGGUCAAGAAGGAGGCCGGGGACGCCUCGUAGCUUCCGACGCCGUGCCUCGCUCUCCGGCUCUUCGCGUCCCUGUUGUUGUUGUUGUUGUUGUUGUUGUUUUCUCCUCUUCGGUCUUCGGGCUCCUUCGAUUUCUCUGUGUCUGGAUGUAUUUAUUUGGUCCGCUAGUUUAUGAAUUUAUUUAUUUGUUCACUGUUUCUCUGAGCUGCUGUAUGUAAGAUGUUUUUGAGUCUGGACGAAGGAAAGAAAAAAAAAUUAAUUUGGUUCUGGAUGACUCUGAUCUCCUCGUCUGGCCAUGUCUUCCUAAAUCUGUACUUCAUCUUGUGGAUGUAAUUACUAAUUCAAUAACUCGUUUCAGAGUGUGAAACAAAUUACUAUUUAUCUACUUAACUCCUUGACAAAUAUCCCCUAUUUAUUUUUAUACGAUCAACCUAUCUAAAUCACGCCUCUUGCUGGACUAUGUUUUAUAUUGACAAUAAUUGUUGAGAUGUUUUGUAGAUUGUGAUAAAGAAAACGAAAUCACGAGAUAAUAAGAUAAGCCGAAUCAUUCUAGCUAUACAAAGUAGCACCGUUAGGUCCUCUGAAUUCCUUUCAGUGUUUAUUCUAGAUUUUGGUUUUCACUGUAAAGUUACUGCCCAGUAGAAGCCAUAACUUCCACUGAUUUAGGCAUGUCAACUCCACAGGGUUAGUGUCGGACAAUAAUUUUGUUCAUAUGUGAUUUAAUGUAGAUCUAGAAGCCAAAUGUUUUGGAACAAUAAAUUUGAUACUAAACAUU